AUGAAAAUAACGAUUUUAAUCUUGGCGGCGAGUUUAUUACCGGUGAUUGCUCAAGUACCUAAGCCAAGUUACACUAGAACAAUGUUAAAGGUGUCGAGAAGUCUUCCAGGACAGACAGAAGAGUUAAAAGUCCGUACCGCUGAAGGAAAUUUCGCAACUUUGGUAGUUAAACGUCGGGAAAAGUCAGAAGCUUUUAAGAAUAAUUCCAAUCCAAUUACCGAAGCAGCAUCUUCAGUGUCUUUAUCUUCAUUAUCACAUUCAAAUGAUUCCAAUGGAACAAAUGCCGAAAAUGUUACUGAUGUAAAUGAGACGAAUAGUGAAGAGAAAGUUAGCAAGAAUGAGCUAACGUACGUGAAACCUGAGACCCAGACCUCCCAGAGCAGUGACAGGAAGAUGGAUUACGGAAGCUGGACCCCCUUACAUGUCGAUGGAAAAGCCUUAAACUUACCAUCAACGCCAGAAAGUUAUUUAAAUUGGAAACCUUUAUCGUCAAACGUUAAACCGACUACAGAGGAACGUACUAACUACAGUACUUUGGUGCUGGCACGUAAUUUCAAAGAUAGAAAAGAAAAAUCUGAGGACACCGCGUCUUCAUUUGUCGCCCUUGUGCCCCAAUUGUCAACGCGCACUAAUAUCGGCGCUAAUUUUUUUAAAAAUCGCGACGGCAAAAAUGUACCACCAGAGGUAACUGUGAGGUCAGCGAUAAAUGUCAAGUCCAUGCCACACAGGAUGCCUAUGACUCUGGAUCCCGACGGCACUCCAGUUAUUCACGGUAAACGUGUUCCUGAUGAACCAAUUGAUAAAAUACAGACAUGGAGAAAUGCUAGAGUGAUUAACAAUAAAUUAGUACUGGGUACUGUUGCUACUAAUGUUCAUGAUGAAUCUACAACCAAGUCUUACUUGGAUAAUAAAGUUGAGAAACAGAGAUUCGAACGAUUUUUCCAAGAUGUUAAUCGAAGGUACGGCCGCAACUACGAUGACGACGAUCAUUAUCACCAGCGUAAUGUUUACCUAGAAUGGGACCCAGCCAGUCACCGCAGCGCUGCAUUGAAGGCUGAAAUCUACGAGGCACGAAAUGACAACUACCGUUCAAAUAUACAGAAGCGUAUGUUGCAUCCAGAAAACACUCAAAGCUACCCUAUUUCGCAGAUGUACGCGCCUGAAGGUCAAAAAAUAGCCCCAUUGGUACUUAAGCCUGGCGCGCGUGCUCCAGUUCUUCAGUACGCACAUCCAGAGCUCGGAGUUCAACCGGCUAAGAUUUUAAAAAGUGAAAAGAAGCGCCCGGAUAACUUUCCUGACAACCAGAAUUCAUUCACCGAGCAACGUCAUAAGAAGAAAUACGUAUUGAAUGAUAAAAAUAUUGUUGAUUCAUACAACACGAGAAAUUAUUACCCGAAUCAUCAAUUUUAUGGUUUGAAGCAACAUGUUGAGCCACCAUUUUGGAUAAAGAUUUCAGAAAAACUUAAAAAUCAAUUCUCCACUGGAGUUGAAAGGGUUUCACAACUGACUAAGCCAGUGAUUGAUCCCCUGGUUGAAGCGACACAUAAAAUUUCACAGAAUUUAGGACUCUCAAGAGGUACCAACAACAACAACAACAACAACCAUGAAGCGCAAGAUAAAGUAGGAACAGUUGCUUCGAGCUCGUCAAUUUUAAUUCCCGCACUUGGACUUGUUGCCUCCGGUGCUGCCUUGGGAAUUGGUGCCGUAGCUGUAGGUCGUUACCUUGAUGUUGAUAUGCUGAGACGUUCCAAUGAAGAUGGACAAACACUCGAUGAAUACCAAAGAGCGCUUUCAAUAGAUGCUAAUACUGGAGAUGCUUCAAAUAUUUACUAUCCCGACAACUCAAAAGUCUCCGAGAAUACCAAUCAGCAAGCUAAUUCUCGGGAACUUGAUGGCGGUUUUUUGAUUGAAGAACGAGCUGGCGGGGAAGAUAUCAAAGCUAGAAGGAAAAGAAGUUUGGAUCCUCUGGUUGAAGAUAAAAAUUUCAAUGAAGACGUCAUGGAUGCUAUUAAUCAGAGAUUAAGAAGAACUGGACCUGAUUCAAUCAGUGACAUUGUAGAAAUUGACGUUCCUCUACGCGGUAAUAGUGAGGAUGCAACUAAUGAAUUGAAUGAUGAUAAAGCAAGACAAAUUCGCAGUAUUGGUGAAGAAGAAGUCGAUAAUGUGCUACAAACACUUGAUGACGAUGAUCAAGUUGCUGUUACGCUAGUUCAUGGUGACUGGUCUUACACGCCAUGCGCUAAAAAAAUGUUCUGCGAGGCUAUGCUUCAGAGAGGACAUGACUCUAGCUUGGUCAUGGAGAAGAAAAUUGAAUCGCUAUUUAGACAGGUAAUGCAGCCCGAGGCUACGCAGCAGGUGUCUCACCAUUUCCAGGAGGUCAUGGAAGCCGUCAGGAGGCAUGACUGUUCACGAUUCGCCUGCCCUGCGGCGUAA